AUGACUGAUUGGCUGGGCCUCCGCUACGAUCAAGGAGGCCCAAAGCGAAUAGAACCUAUCUUCUCGGAAUACACCGCUGGGAACGAAAACGAACAUAAUCAUCUACUUUGUGAAUUUAUCAAUCCCAGCCUUUUAGACCUCAGGAUACAUCCUGUUCCUUCUUCAUUCGAAUCAAGGGUUACUGUUGAUGCUCGGGAAGCAAACAGACAAGUUGAUGAGAAUAAAUGCCCUUCCGCUGAAGAUGACAACCAUGGAAAUUUCGAUCCUCCGCCUUACAAUCCUUACAACACUUUGUUAGAUCUGCCUGCGCUAGACGCAGAGUCUCCGCAAGCUCUCCAAUAUGUCGAAGAACCAGGCGAAGGCCGGGUUCAGUACGGUCUUUACCAAGCCCAAUCAGUCUCCAAUCCUCACGUGGAGCAAUUCCAACAUCAUCAUCAUCAUCCUACUGGUCAGAUUUUACCUGAGCAGCCAGAACCGCAACCAGUUGCUCAACACUACACUUGCCCGGAAUGUCAAAAACAGUUCAAACUACCAUGUGAGCUAAAUGUUCAUAUAAAAUCACAUACUCUCCCUUUCAAGUGUCGCAUAUGCUCAUGUAAAUCACUCGGAUUCCGGUACCACAAAGAUCUGAAACGCCACAUUGCAAGUAUACAUCCCAAGCUCAACCCAAAUGGGGAAAGAUAUUUUUGUGAUGCGGAAAGCUGCAAACACUCAAGAGCCGAAGGAAAGGGAUUCACGAGGAAGGAUAAUUUUAAAAGGCACAAGAAGAAUUGUAAACAUCGGAUCCAACAGAUAUGACAAGAAAGUUUGCUGUGUAAUUAGUCAAUGGGAGCACUUGAGGUUGUGGGAGAAACAGAAAUAUGAUUUGUUGAUGACAAUCG